AUGUUCAUCAAGAACAUCACAUAUUUACCAACCAUGAGAUACUCAAUUGUCUUUUUGACUCUAGCUGCCUGCAUUACAGUUAAUGCUGCUCCAUUAACGAUCAGAGAUGAUGCUUUACCAAGCUUCGGCCAAGCAAGUGUUGCUGCUACACCAACUACUACUGAAGAAGUUCCUUCCGCUGCUACUACUGCUGUUACCGAGGCCCCUACCAUUUUGGAAUCAGAGACAGGGAUAGCUUCAUUGACUACGGAGUCGCCAACAGAAGGCGAUGAUCCACGCACUCUUGACCCCAACUUUUGGAGUGUGCACUAUGCUGGUUAUCCAAUUGAUGAGAAUCGCCAUACAUUAACAGUCCCUACUACAUUCGAUCCUUGGGAUGGGACUUUUACUGAUUUCCAUAAACCAUUUUAUAUCACCCGUUCUCCUGAUGGUUUUGUGGGAAGAACUGGAUUCGGAAUAGGUACUAAAAAGGAUGAGGGAAGUGAAGAAGAAGAGGAAUACGCCGAGACUAUUCCUACAGAAUUGGCACCAAGCUACGACCAAGAAAGUUCUGCGGCUACACCAACCACUAUUGCUACUAGCUCUGCUACUGGGACACCAACUGAAGAGAAUGAUCCCCGUACCACUGAUCCCUAUUUUUGGAGUACAUAUUAUGCUGGUUAUCCCAUUGAUAGUGAUGGCCGUACCUUGACUGUCCCAACUACUUUCGAUCCAUGGGAUAGAACUUGGUCUGAUUUUGGAAAAGAAUUCUACAUCACUCAUGCCCCAGAUGGCUUUGAAGGAGAUUUGAUAUUUGCUAUAGAGGUAAAGAAGGAUAAAGGAAGUGAAGAAGAGGGGCAAUAUGUCGAAGCUAUCCCUACUGACUUGGUUUAA